AUGUCUGGCCUCAUUCGACUCCAGAAUGGACCUUCCCAAUGGCCCGACAUCAAAGAUGCUGCACACAUCCUCUGGCGAGCAUCAAUUCAUCCGGAAAUCAGCCCUCUCCGCGACACAUUAGCUGGAGACUUCUCCUACCCUUCACUCUUUGCCAAAGACCUCCACACGGGGAUCAACUCAAGCCGGAGAGCGAUUAUCGUGCGUUAUCAUGACAACAUUACCAUUGCAUUCGAGGGAACUGGUAGCGACGCCCUGGUCAUGAAUCUGUGGACGAAUCUAUGGGCAGAUGCCAAGGGUCCGAAUAUUUGGGACAUACCGUUCCCGGUGUAUACGGAUGGCAAUCGAGUCCAUAGCUUUUAUCGCGACAUGUGGCAUGGCAUGCGAGCUUCAACACUCGACGCACUUUCGGAAGCUGUCAAAUGUAUCGUUGCGAAGGGUAAUGCGCCAAAGUCGAUCGUCGUUGCUGGGUUUUCAAUGGGUGGCGGCGUCAGCACCAUGGCGUUCAUGGACAUCGUACAUCAUGUCCGCACCACAUGGGGCUCUGAAUCGCCUGCUCCAUGCGACUGGGCCAAGGACGAGGGUUUUGCGUCCUUAAUACAGCAUCUGACCUUCGCCGCAGUCGCAGCUGGCGAUCAGGGUUUCCAUACCGUUUUGAACAACGUAUACGAACAUUAUUCGAUUCGGGCGUGGGACUUCAUGCAUCACAACGAUAUCACACGUCAUGCCCACCAUCCUGCAUUUCGAUCAUUCAGAGGUUAUCGCUACAUAUUGCCCGAUGCUAUUGUACGGCAUUUUGGAGCUGAGUUCGGUCCUGUGGGUCAUUGGAUAUUGGGGUAUUUGAAGGCGGCGCAGUGGAUGACAGAGCAUGGAACGGAUCAGGUCAAGUCGGAAUAUGUGUAUCGAUAA